AUUUUCAUCCUGACACAGGAUAUUUCCCAUCGAAAUUUAAACAGGGAGCCUACCUAUUAUGUCGUUUUUACUAUCCCUUAUUCGAUUUUCAAGCAGGAUAAUUCCCAGAAAUAGUCUUUACUUUAAUCAAUUUCAAAAAUUCGGAAGCCACAAGUGGUGGCCGGACCCAGAAUUUAUCAGUGCUUCAGCUGGAGCGGUAAUGUAUCCCGACCCAAAAACUUGCCGAUGGAAGCCUCCUCCCUAUAAUGGAAAGAUACGUCCAAUGGAAGAUCGCAAGAUUAUUUUUAAGGACAUCAACUUUGGACCGCAGCAUCCUGCCGCUCAUGGAGUACUUCGACUGGUUCUCACACUAGACGGCGAAACAGUAGAAAGGGCUGAGCCGAUUAUUGGACACUUACAUCGAGCAACUGAAAAGCAAAUUGAAUACAGGACCUACACGCAGGCGGUACCUUAUUUCAGUCGAUUGGAUUAUGUGUCAGUGCACUCUCAAGAGGAGUGUUUUGCAUUGGCAGUUGAGAAACUUUUGAACAUCGAAAUCCCUUUGAGAGCGAAGUAUAUAAGGAUGCUUUACGCUGAGAUCGAUAGACUUUCCAAUCACUUGUUGAAUGUUGGUACUUUGGGCCUAGAUAUUGGAGCAAUUACUCCAUUCUUUUGGCUGUUUGAAGAGCGAGAGAGGCUUUGGGAGUUUUCAGAGCGAGUGUGUGGUUCAAGAAUGCAUGCAGCUUACGUUCGGCCGGGGGGUGUGGCGUUCGAUCUUCCUCUCGGUCUAAUGGAUGAUAUCUAUGAGUAUAUUGAAAAAUUUGGGGGUGUUCUGGAUGAAGUUGAAGAUGUGUUUACUGAAAAUCGCAUUUUCAAAAUGCGAACCGUUGAUAUUGGGAUUAUCAGUGCUCACGAAGCCAUCGACUAUGGUUUUAGUGGGGUAAUGCUAAGAGCAUCUGGAGUCAAAUGGGAUCUAAGGAAAACGCAACCUUACGAAGCCUACGAAUGUGUAGAUUUUGAUAUCCCGAUCGGUACUAAAGGUGAUUGCUAUGAUCGUUAUUUAUGUCGAAUAUUGGAAAUGAGGCAAUGUAUAGAAAUUAUUCGUCAAUGUCUGAAUCAGAUGCCUCCUGGCGAAAUUAAAACUGAUGAUUGGAAAGUUUGUCCACCGAAACGGGCCGAAAUGAAGACUUCAAUGGAGGCACUUAUCCAUCACUUUAAGUACUACUCACAAGGUUACUUGGUACCACCGGGAUGCACCUACACCGCGAUUGAAGCACCUAAAGGUGAGUUGGGAGUUUAUUUGGUGUCAAAUGGCUCUUCCCGCCCCUAUCGAUGUCAUAUUCGAUCCCCUGGAUUCGCCCAUUUAGCGGCUAUGAACAAACUUUCAAAGAAGCAUUUUUUAGCGGAUGUUUGCGCUAUAAUAAACACUCUGGAUGUCGUCUUUGGAGAAGUAGACCGCUAAGUACUUAAUUAUAGAAUGAUGUUUGUGAAUGUUGUGAAAACCAAGUUUUAUGUAUCUCGAAUAUACGGAAUAUGCUACUUGUCA